AUGUGUAUCGUCCGUCUCACCGCAGAAGCGCCCUUGAAGGCGGUAGAAAAUGCAGAUCUCUCGCAGCCACUUAGUCAAGGUCAGGCAGAGCUACAGGACCAAGCUAGUGAUGCCACUCAAACAACAUCAGCACCAGUCCUCGAGGAUUUCACUCUGAGAGAUAUAGCGACGCUAUCUUCUGCAUCGGGAUCGCCUACUGUUAGUCCGGGUCAAACUCAGCAAAAUUUGCCUAUCAUCAUCGCCCAGCACUUGGAGUCUCAAGGAAGCAGUUCGCCAAUUGAAAGCAUCGAGUCACAGGAUAUUCUGGAAGAUUUCAUACUUGCUACCUUAUAUCUAUCGGAAAACUUUUCAAAUUCGUUACAGAAUGAAAUAGCACGCGUUCCCAGUCCCCUGCCUCAACCAGUUGUAAUCCCUGAUUUACCUCGUUUCUUAGACCUGUUGCAGGGAUCACCUGACUGGGCAGCGUCUCAUGAUUAG